AUGCAGCUGAUAUUGGCUAGUGUUUGCCUCGCCGCCAUCUUGCACGUCGUGUCAGGGGCGUGCCCCCAGAACUUUGACUUCGUUGGUCAGUUUUGCCAAGCGGAUGUUGUUUUUAAAGGCAGGGCCGUCUCCGGCGUCUCGGGAGUCGCCAUUGACACUGAUGGGACACAGGUGAUAUCGGGUUCGCACGAUUUCCGGGUCAACCCGUAUUUCAAGGACAACACUGGUCGUCGGCAAAGACAGGUUAGAGUUUCCAGAGUGUACAGUCAACGUGAUCCUUGCGACUCUGCAUUUCUGCAGGCAGGCUACAGUGCCUACCUGAUCUUUGCGAGAGGCAACAGCAGCUUGACGGUGCCUGCAUGUGGGGGCGUCAUUCCCUGGCCGUGUGUUCCAAGGAGGACCAAACGAACCUUGUCUACACAGACCUGUUGA